ACUAUGAAUUGGUGAGCGCAUAAACCUACAUACAUGAAGCCGGUGGGCGGCGGGGAGCGAUCUCAAGAGCAGUUGUUCAUCGCUACAGAUCUCGCAUGGUUGGCCUCACCAGACAGCUGUGCUCUGUAAUUAAAGGAGAAAACUCAUCCAGAUCCGUAGGUGAUACUGAUUGUUCGAACAAGACGUCCCGAUGUGAGGUAGAAAAGUAUUUCAUUGGAAUGGAGGAGGAUACAGAUAUGCUGGAAUCGCUUGCGAGAGGUGAUGAAAUUUCAGAUCUGGUGAUAUCUAUCUGCAGAAUGGGGGGAUUCGGCAAAACCAUUUUUAUUACAAAUACUGAAAUACUUACAAAGACUCGACACCGCCCUCUGUCUGUGCAGUUUUUACUGAUGAGAAGGGUCCUACAUUGGUAUUCACAGAUGCGGAGACAGAAGCCCUUGCAGCUCCUUUUCGAUUGGCACUAGUUGGAAAAUUCUCACAUGGAUAACCUCAAUAUCAGCACCUGCAUUGCCUUAUUGCAGGAUUGGGAGUCAAAUGUGCAUUUACCGUCAAUAUGAUCAAUGCCAAGCAUGUGCUUAUUUAUCUCUCCAACGAAUCCGACUUCUCCUAUCUGUGGCUAAGAAGAAUUUUUGGCACAUUCAUGGAUUUUCGAUGCGCAUUUUCAAAUGGACACCGACAUUCACACCGGCUCAAAAAUCCUCUACUAUUCCAAUUUGGGUAUGUUUUCCUGAACUCCCAGCUCAUUUGUUUCAUAAGGAUGCCCUAUUUGCUGUAGCAAACAUGAUAGGAAUUCCACUUCAAAUCGACGACUGCACUCUCAAUCAAUCUAAGCUCUCUAAAGCUAGAAUUAGCAUUGAGAUUGAUCUUACCAAGCCACUUGUGGAGGGUUUUGACCUACAAAUCAAUAGAGUUACAAUUUAUCAGAAAGUGGAAUAUGAACAGCUUCCAAAAUACUGCAACCUUUGUAAACAUGUCGGCCACGACAACUUGGAGUGCUACACAUUGGGCAAUGCCCCCGCCCCCCUCCACGAGCCAAGCAGUCGAAAGGUAAGGAGACAAUGGGAACGGAGGAACAGGUGGUGACUGAGACAACUAAGGCAUUUGAGAGAGGUGAAUGCUCCAAAAGCAGGUACUCUACUAACCUCUCUAAUGACAAUGUGGAUAGUGGUAAACAUGGAAAUGACAUUGGUGAAAUUGAGACGUCGGGUGUUAAUUGUGACUCGAAAGUGGAGAAUGAUGUGCAUAUUGAUAAUGCUAACUGCAUUGCACACGAUGAUAAUAUGCCAACUAUGGUUAGGGAGCAUCGCAUUUCAAAUAACAUUGUGGAUGAAAAUGUUUUCUCUGUUGAUGUUGGUGACACUACCAGUGAUAAUGAUAAAACGGGGGAGGAUAAUUUGGAGUAUAAAGUAGCUGAUGGAAAUUGGACACAUGUGAAAAAUACUAUCAUGCUACUCGAACAAAACUCAGAGGAGGAUCAGAAUUCAGAGAAUUCAGAAGAGGAUCACUCCGAUCAGACUGCCCAGAAAAUCAAUUCCCUAUGGACGAGCAACCGGAUUACCUGCUCAAGAAUUCAGAGGAGAAAAACCGAGUGAUGAAACAAAGGAGCAACUAUUGUGGCCCAAGAAUUCGGACAAGGCAAAUCAAAAGAAGAUUGCAGCAGAAACUCAAAACAUAAUGUCGCUAGAAGAAAUUGUUACAAUGUAAAGGAGUAGUACUCCUCCGUUUAUGAUUUUAUUGCAGUAAUGAUGUAGUGAUGGCUGUUAGGUAAACUUUAAUGAAGAAGGGACGGGGACCCCGAAAAGCUUCCCCCACCUUUGGGUGUUAAAAGAAAAAGUGGAGAAAAUAGCCAAGUGCAUAAUGGUUUGGUUGUAUAUAAAUGAAGACUUGUGUA